AGAUGGCAGGGCCGACUUGGCCUGCUUGGCUCAGGCUUGCCGGUACAUGCAUGACCUUCUCUCCCAAGUUCUAUUCGGCUAUAUCGAGGAUGCCGUCAUCCAAGCCCGAGGUUGAUGGACAGUGUGGGAGCGGCGGACUCAGGAGCGUUGGUGGGAGCGUUGGGAUUGAUCUCAACCAAGGGCUCUGGGCGCUCUGGGCUACACCGGCAUUCGCAUGUCAAAAGGGGCGUCGACAAGGGUGCAGCCUCGCUAUGGAAGUAGCCAGGUCCCUCAGGCGCCCUAUCUUGUGUUGUUGGUGGAGCUCUUUGGGUCUUUGAGCUCCUUUGUCCUCUUUGACAGGACAAACACCCUCACCACCACAGCUAGCCAGGCAAGCCUAUAUAGGCUUGCCUCCCAGAGCCUCUCUGGCCAUCUCUCUCUUCCUCAGAUCAUCAAGAGAGCCUGUUUUCCCAUCUGUGUGGGUUUAUCCGAGUUGGCGUCGUGCACCAAGUCCCGGCGUUCUGCUCUCCAUCACGCCAUGGGCCCUCCGCCCCCCGGCCAAAUUGUUGAGCUUUCAUCAAAUGCAGAUUCCCGCCACUGGCAGAGUCUCCGGGGCCGCGGGGCCUCCCAAAGCAUUUGGCGUUCUUUGGGAAACGAAAGAAUACUCGAAGGCACCGCUUCAGCCAUUGAUCUGGUCCAAGACCGCGUUUCUGAAGCAGUUUUGCGACUUCAAGUUUUCCACGGGUCGGCUGCUCCCACAUGCGGUUAUCCCCGCUGCUGCGUCUGUCGUGAUGCCGUCGGGUGCUGGGAGGUACUGCUUGAGAGGGAACAACACCUUUCUGGUCCAUCGACCCAUGUCUUCCAGAAACUUGAUCGCCUUUUCAACCAUUAUCUUUGCGGCAGCAUUCAUUCCCCUAGCGGUCCAGCGCUGCAGCCUGCAGGCCCCGUCGGAGAGGGAGGGGAGAUGAUAGAAUCGCCAGUCUGAGAUGGGACGAUGGACACCGGGAGAUUGAUAGAUGCCUCAACAGUUUAACUUGGCAAACAACGUCAGUAUAUAGGUAACUAGCUGAAUGGCGAAUGCGAUUUUCAAAAUU